GAGUUGAGAAAGUAGUUAUUCACAUAUGAGCUUAUUGCGCGAAUCCAUAGUAGGUGCACGCAAUGUUUCGGUAUUGAAAUUGUAGCAAAAAGGAUGAGUACAGUACAACUUGAAGAUACAUCCAUAGAGAAACAUGCCUUUGUUACCCACAAUCAAGGAGGAGGAUAGUCAAACAUGGUUGCAACAAUUGUGGCAAUGUCGCAUGCAAAUGCAACUAAUGAUACCAGCAUCAACUGUCUUUUUUGCUGGAGGUCUUAAACUGGGUUGGAGCGUAUUCGAAUCACCACCGGCUCACUUUGACUACGACUACGACAGUAAUCUUUUGACCGUAUCACUAUUUAUUGGCUGCAUUCUUGGAGCUGCUAUAGCGUCUUUUUUUGUUGGACGUGUCACCAAAAACAUUCCCCAUGUUGCAAGUGGUACUCUACUGAUAUUGGGUGGACUGUUAUUCAUGGCUGUACCAAAUAUUUUUAUUGCCCUAGCAUUUGGUUGCAUUUUCGAAGGUGCAGCUUUGGGCUUAUCACAGGUUCAGACAUUCUCCAUAGGCCCGGAAAUGACACACAAAGAUGUGCGCGGUUUCAUGAUGUCCAUUGAGCGGUGCUCCAUUUGGUUUGGCAUACUGACUCAACUAACGUUUACACAUUUGUGGUAUGCCUUCGAGCCUGAGCCAGGCCAUCGGACGAUGCAGUCUGGCCAAAUACAUGGUCUUGUGGUAGCAUGUUUAGGUUUAAUUUGCAUUGUUGCAACAUUGAGGCAACACACUGAAUCUCCAUUGCUUUUAAUACAGCAGCAUCGAGAGUUAGCCGCCAAUGCGGCUUUGAAACAGCUUAUGGAUACGCAGCUGACAACCAUGGAAGUAAUGCGUCUGCGCGAAGAUUGUCUUCAACUACUAAGUAUUGACGCUGACCAAAGCGGUUGGUAUACUCUCCGGAAACGUAAUGUCAGACCUCUCUUGAAAGUGUUUAUCCUGCGUGGCUUUGUCACCCUAACAAUGUCUCAGCCAUUUAAUAGGAUUUUUCUGUCGGCGAGUUGGUUGGGCUUCAAUUGUGAGACCAACUGUCUGUACACCAUCGCAGCAGCAGGAGCAUGUGGCAGCCUUUUGGGUAGCCUGCUCAUCGACAGAUACGGCCGCCGAAGAAUGAGUGUGGCAACACUUCUUCCAGCCACAAUAUUCAUGCUUAUAGCAGGAGGAAUCUUGGAAUAUUUUGCAAAUCCAAAUGUAGCCAUUAUUCACGAUGAUUUGGAAAUUAUUGCCUGUUUGAUGAUACUCUUCCAGUUCCUCAUCUGCUGUGGAGUAUCCAUCGCAGCCAGCAUUUACAUGUCGGAGGCAUUCACUAUCACACAAAAACCCAAAUGCAUUGCCGCAAUAUUGAUUGGAGAAAAUCUGCUGCAAGUGGCUCUGGCUUUUGUGGUGGCCUCAAAGACCGUAAGCGGCAUGGUUUUCUUCUUUUCCAUGGGAUUUCUGUGCAUGCUGCUGGGAUUAUGUGUCUUCUUUUGUAUGCCCGAAACAAGGCUUUUGACUUUGUACGAGUGUUUGCAGAAGUUUAAAAAGGUUUAAAUGAUCGAAACUGCCAGUUUGUGUUAUAUAACAGAUACUUACCUCAACUGAUGUGUAUGGCUUAGUGUAUGUGUUAGUUUUUAAAUCUAAAUAUGUAAUGAGUAAAUUAUUUCGACUGUAGCUCAUAUAGCAUUUCACAAUAUAUCUCACUAGUGUUAGGAUAAAGAAAACCAAACAGAAUUUUUAUUGCUUUUUUAUGGUGAAAAAAUUUUAUUCUUUUUAUACUCACCAUUAUAGGAUAGGUGGUAUAC